CGCGCGGCGGGCCGGCCAGGCCUGGGGUCCCGGGCUGCGGGCAGCAUGCGGUGCCUGAUCACGGGCGGCAACGUCAAGGUGCUGGGCAAGGCCGUCCACUCCCUGUCCCGCAUCGGGGACGAGCUCUACCUGGAGCCCCUGGAGGACGGGCUCUCCCUGCGCACGGUGAACUCCUCGCGCUCGGCCUAUGCCUGCUUUCUGUUCGCCCCGCUCUUCUUCCAGCAGUACCAGGCGGCCGCCCCGGGCCAGGGCCUGCUGCGCUGUAAGAUCCUGAUGAAGUCCUUCCUGUCAGUCUUCCGCUCGCUGGCGGCGCUGGAGAAGACGGUGGAGAGGUGCUGCAUCACCCUCAAUGGCCUGAGCAGCCGCCUGGUGGUCCAGCUGCACUGCCGGUUUGGGGUGCGGAAAACCCACAACCUGUCCUUCCAGGACUGUGAGUCCCUGCAGGCCGUCUUCGACCCAGCCUCAUGCCCCUACAAGCUCUGCGCUCCCGCUCGGGUCCUGGGGGAGGCCGUGCUGCCCUUUCCCCAGGCACUGUCUGAGGUAACGCUGGGCAUUGCUCAGGGGCGCAGGGUCGUGCUGCGCAGCUACCAGGAGGAAGAUGAGGCAGACAGCAACACCAAAACCAUGGUGACCGAGAUGAGUCUGGGGGAGGCUGACUUCCAGGAGCUACAGGCCCAAGAAGGGGUGGCUGUCACCUUCUGCCUCAAGGAAUUCCGGGGGCUCCUGAGCUUUGCUGAGUCAGCGAACCUGCCCCUGAGUGUGCACUUUGAUGCUCCCGGCAGACCGGCCAUCUUCACUGUUGAGGAUUCCACACUAGAUGGCCACUUUGUCCUGGCCACUCUGUCGGAGGCGGAGGCAGAGCUGGAGCCCCACAGACCCCCGCUCCAGGCUCACAGCACUCCCCACCAGGAGGACUUCACCAGCGAUGACAUGGACGCCUACAUGAUCGCCAUGGAAACCACCGUAGGCAGUGAGGGCUCACGGGUGCUGCCCUCCAUCUCCGUUUCCCCUGGUCCUCAGCGUCCCGACAGCCCUGUGUGGUCCUCUGAGGAGGACGGUGAUGAAGCUGAGCCUAGUACUGUACCUGGGACCCCCCCACCCAAGAAGUUCCGCUCCCUGUUCUUCGGCUCCAUCCUGACCCCUGCACACUCGCCCCAGGGCCCCAGCCCUGUGCUGGCAGAAGACAGCGAUGGGGAGGGCUGACCAGGGCAGUGAGGGGCUGUGCCAGAGCCGGGCUGGACACCAAGCUGCUGCCUGCCUGUCUUGAGCUGGAACCCCUUAGACAAGAGCCCAGUGGGUGCCACUGCAUCCCAGCCACACCUUGGGGGGUGUCCAGGGCUUUCCCUAAUGCUCCCACUCUGGGUUGGAAUUCUAAGAACCUCUGAACCCAAGUGUGUGGC